GUUUCAAGGAUGAAACACACCAAAGUCAAUGAAAGGAGCUACAGCAACAUUGAUAUCUUGUGGAUAAAAAGAUACAAUGGUACAGAUGUAUGUCUUUUUUUACAGUUGAACAACAUUCCAACUGUCAUAAAAACAGGAACUUGAUAUUGUAUCUGCAAAGAAAGAGCCCUGUCAGUUAAGGAAUAAGUGGCACUGAUAAUUAUUUUACUGGAAUUGAUUGCCUGUCGUUUAAGUAAGGCCAUGAAUCAUUGCCUUAUUUUGAACUGUUCACACUUGUGAUGAAUUUAAACACAUUUGGAUUCGUCCUUCAAUGAAAAAGAUAAAACAGUGUGUAAGCACGCUUUACAACCAACAUUUUCAACCAUACAGCGUAAUGUGUUCAUAAAGAAGAAACUUAUUGAAACUAUCAACAAUUUAUACAUGACAGGAAGAAAGACCUCUGCAAAAAUCGCUGGUGUGAAGGAAGUCAAAAUAAAUAUGUUGGCUGAAGAAAGGGGUUUGACAUUAGAAAUGACCAAGCCAUCGACAGAGCCACCCGCUCAUGAUGACAACUUCAGUGGAGCCGUAUGUCAUAUGCGAGACAGUCCUUUUAGAAUAUUAAAGGUCGCCAAAUCUGGUAAUAUUGAAGCAUUUGAACGUCUUUUCUAUGAAGAUGAGUCGCGAUUGUUUCUCAAAGAUGCCAAAGGGCAGACAGUUAUGCACCACGCAGCCUCCAAGGACAGGAUUGUUAUUAUGGACUUCAUCUUGGACCAUGGCGGAGAUAUUAAUGCCAAGGAUUGUAAGGGAAACACACCUCUCCACGUCGCUGUCGAGCUGACAGCGACGGCCAGUAUUGACUACCUUAUCUACCAUGGCGCCGACACUACCAUCCUGAACGCUGAUCUCAUGGCACCCAUUCACUAUGCCGUAGACCUGGGGAACGUGGCAUCGUUAAAGGCUCUGAUUAGCCAUCCGGAAGUGGACAUCGCUUUGGGUGGGGAAAACGACGGUACUGCCCUCCACUAUGCUGCCGCCAAGGACGACGAGAAAUGUGUGGAAUUGCUGUUAGAGCACAAGGCCCCGCUGUGCAAACACGACAGCAUCGGACUGUACCCUAUCCAUGUGGCAGUGAAAAAUGCGUCAGCCAAGUCUGUGGACGUGCUUGUGGAACAUGCUGAGAAGAACGGUUACACCCGGUCGCAGUUGAUGUCUUUUAUGGACAAAAAGAAGAACAUGGCGCUCCACUCUGCCGUUAAUGCGGCAAAUCUUAAGGCCGUGCAGGUGUGUCUGGCUGCGGGUGCUGACAUUGAUGCCCAACAGGAAGACAAAUCCACUCCCAUCCACCUCGCAUGUGCCCAGGGUGCUAUGGAUAUGGUGAAGCUGAUGUUUGAGAAACAACCAGAAAAGAAGCACAUAUGUAUCAAGGCCAAGGACGUCAACGGAAUGACGCCACUCCACAAGGCGGCCAUGUUUGAUCAUUUUGAACUUGCAAAAUACCUAGUAGAAGAGGGUGCCUGGGUGGAUGAGUCAGACAAGGAUGACAGGUCGCCAUUGCUGCUGGCUGCCUCGAGGUACUCGUGGCGCACCGCCGUGUUACUUCUGGAGAAGAAAGCGAAAAUAACCCUAAAAGAUAAAGAUAACAGAAAUUUCCUCCAUCUCGCAAUAGCUAAUGGCGCAAGACUGGAGGACUUCCCUUGCCAAUCUGUCAUGUGUUCGACAGACCUGAAAAUGCUAUUGAACGAUAAGGACGAGCUCGGCUGCACUCCUCUACACUAUGCCUCCAAGGAGGGUCAUCUGGCCUCUCUGGGCAGCCUGCUACAGCACGGGGCCUCCGUGAUUGUGAAAAAUAACCAAAAGGAAUCGGCCUUGCAUUUUGCAGCAAAGUAUGGGCGAUUCAAUACUUGUCUUCAACUACUGAACAGUCCUGAGGGUCACAACAUCAUCAACGAAACAGACCAAUAUGGGAAGACAGCGCUCCAUGUAGCUUGCUGUAGUGGCCACACCAAAGUUGUGCAGCUUCUUCUACAGAAGGGAGCGCUUGUAUCGGGAUGUCAUAUGGGGUUUACACCUCUCCAUCUUGCGGCCAAAAAUGGGUAUACACAAACCAUGAAGCUGUUACUUGGCAUGCACUCACAUCUAUUAAACUUGCCCAACUCAGAAGGGAAUACCGUCCUACAUAUUGCCGCUUUGUACGGCCAGCCUGCUGCGGUAAGCCUAUUGUUGACCGAAGAGGCGGACAUCACUCACAGAAAUAACGACGACAUGACUUUCUUCGAUGUGGCCAUUGCUAAUAAGCAAAAGGAAGUGGCGCACGCUAUUGUAACACACAAAAGAUGGCAUGAUUGUAUGCACCUUCGUUCAGAAUACCAUGGCUGCCCUGGCAUGGGGAUGAUUAUCAACUUACCAGAUAUAUUUGAAGUCGUUUUAAACCAGUGCGUUACCCCAGUUGGCAAAGAUAUCAAAUCUAAAGAGUUUCACAAACACUACGACUUUAGCUAUCUGCAGCUACCGAUGGACUAUGUAAAGAAACUGAGAGAAAACGGAACCAGCUACACACCACUUAUGUCUCUAAAUAUGAUGGUAAAGCACAAUCGUGUUGGGCUCCUGUCACAUCCACUGUGCUUGCAGUACUUGAGCAUGAAAUGGCAGGCAUAUGGAGGUUGGAUACACAUGUUUGUGCUGUUCCUUUACAUCCUCUUCCUUGCGGCUUUGACGUCACACGUCACGUACAUUCGCCCAAUGGAUCAUGACGACCCGUGGGCACAUUUUGGAGUUAACAGAACCAACGAGACACGAUACUGUAGCAGGUUUUGCCAGUCCCUAAAGUCAGGGUAUCAAGUAGCACCAUUCCAUAGGAUAGGUUUACUGUACAUUCUUGUGUUCUGUGCUCUCAACAUCAUCAAGGAAAUUUUUCAAGUAAUUCAACAGAGAGCAAAAUAUUUCAUCGACUGGGUGAACUAUAUGGAGUGGAUUCUCUAUGUCACUGCUGGGAUAUUCGUCGGUCCGUACAUCUUCGAAAUUAACCUGCAUUAUCAGUGGGAAUGCGGAGCCAUCGCCAUUUUCCUAGCUUGGUUCAACCUACUAUUGCAUCUCCAAAGAUUUGACGUGUUUGGUAUCUACGUUGUCAUGUUCUUAGAAAUCACGAAGACGCUGAUACAAGUGUUUGUACUGUUUAUGAUUCUGAUCGUUGCCUUUGGACUGUGCUUCUACAUAUUGCUAUCUGAAGAAAACAACAGGUCUUUCGUGACACCAGAAAUAUCCCUUUUCCGCACCAUAAUAAUGAUGCUGGGAGAAAUCGACUCCAUCAAUUCCUUUGUCGAGCCUCUGACAGACGACUCUCCUAUCACCCAGCACUUUGGGGGUCUUACAGUGUUUUUUGUCAUCGUGUUUGUGUUACUGAUGCCCAUCCUCCUCAUGAAUCUACUGAUCGGUUUGGCCGUUGGAGACAUCGACACCGUGCAGAGGAACGCGUCCUUAAAGCGACUGGCCAUGCAGGUGGACCUGCACACGGAACUGGAGCUGAAACUGCCACAGAGAAUACUAGAGUGGGUGGACAAGAAGGAUUUGGAUAUUUACCCGAAUUCAAGACGGAAUAUGUUCAAAAGGUUUUGGAGCCGGGUUUCCGAUACAAGUUCUAACGCAGAGGGCUGCACGAGUGGCUCAUCCACUGCUGUUUGCGGCAGGUCCAUACAUGAAGAACUUCAGAAACAAAAAGCCAGGUUGAAAGACAUUUCAAGCAAUCUUGAUAAACAACACGAGCUCAUUCGCCUGAUCGUUCAGAAGAUGGAGAUUAAAUCCGAGGCAGACUACAGGGACGAGGGCGUGCCCACUAAUCGAGACCCGGCAUAUGCACUGCGAUCGAAUUUUCAGUGGCUGUCCUCAAAUAUGCGCGAAAAGGUCGCCCAGGCAACAGUGGUUUCAAAGUGGGUGCGAAGUAUGAGCAAGGAGGAAAAUGCUUUGGACAGAAGUAAAGAUGCUUCCUCCGAUCCAACUAAAGACGAGAGAGAAGAUAAAGAAAAGUAGUAAAAAAAAACAAAACAGAAAGACGCACACUUUUGUUCUUACCCAGUGGGUCAUUAAUCCUAUGAAGGCAAAAACUAUAUUAUUAUAUAUCUAUAUGUCAAAUGUUUAGAUACCGUCUUGCGUUAAUGUAAACAUCGGUCAUUUCUAACGUCUUGCACGCAUGAACUGUAAGCUAGAAAUAUAAAAUUGUACUUAAACCUCUUGCAGGACCUACAUAUCAUUAUGGGUGUUAUCCAGGUGUUGCUUAGUAAAAAUGCCAUAAUUAUAUCUAUUUUUUGAGGAAUAAACACGUGUCUAUUUAAUCAAUAUGUGAACAAAGGAUAAUAAAUUAAUAUAUUUGGUA